AUGACCAUAGCUGAGCUCACCAAUCUCAGGGUUGAAAGGGAUCGCCUCCGCCGAGAGAUCACCGAGAAGAAUGAGCAGCUGGGCAAUCAGCACCAACUACAGAAGGAACUUGCCCAGACCCGCGCCCAACUCCAGAGGCGUGACCAGGAGUUGGCGCAAGCGAACGCUGCUUUGGAAAGGGCCAGGAAGAGGGCCCGUCAAAGAAUGGCAGAAGAAAAUCAAUUAGCUGUCUUUGAGGAGGAUACGCCUAUCACCCCAAUUCAUUCUCAAGCACCGACUAUGCAUGCGCCACCACCACACGUGUCUCCUGCAGGCGUGCCACCAGCACAUUGGGGAGCUUCCCCGACUCAUCUUCCUCCACCUGUAUCCUCGGGCCCACACCCGGUAUAUUCAGGAGGGCAGUCAUCUUCCGCAGCUGAUGAUCGUGCACGUAUUGCAGUACUUGAGAGCACGGUCAAUCAACUGGCUGCUACCAUGGCCACCAAUAUGGCCGAGCUCAUGGCCCUACUUAAAGGCCCAAAUCGCGCUUCUUCGAGCUUCACCCCACCUCCUGGGUACGGGCCAGCGGUCGAUCCAAGCCCAUGGGCCCAGCCGACCUUGAUCCCCGAUAAUGGAGAUACGUCUGCCUUAACGAUAGUGAACGCGCCGGCGGCCCAUCUGGUUAACAAUCUUCCAGCACCACCUGCUUCAGCGACAAUGUUGGAACCACCUACGCUCGUACCUCCACCGAUCUCCACAUCAGUCCCGGUUCCGGUUUCUGCGUCGGUCCCAGCUCCGACUUCCGCUGUCCCACCGCCAAUCAUAUUCCUGCCUACAACUGCCCAGGCUCCUGCUCACACUGCUGAACCUCCCCCGUACCAAGCUCCACAACCCCACAUCGACCUUUCUUACCAAGCUCUACCUCCCAUAAAUAUAGCUUACUCUGAACCUGGCAUGCCGAACCACGCGGCUCCUAGAGCUCCACCCACAAAUUUUCUCCCGGAAACGGGGACUGAGUAG